AUGUCGGACUCAUCUAUUACAACACAGACGCUGAAUUACGUUGCUGGAAGCACGGAUCCCGAGCAGCAACUUGACCUCUACCUGCCUACCUCACAAGCCACCAGUCUAAUCGUCUUCAUCCAUGGUGGAGCUUGGCGGACCGGUUCGCGAAAAGAUCACGUAGACCUGGCACAGUAUGUUUCGUCAAAGGGCAAAGCUGUUGCGGUCGUCGACUACAGACUCUCUGUCAAAGAUGAAGAGACAGGGCUAACGAAGCACAUUCAUCCGGUGCAUGCGGAGGAUGUCAACGCAGCGCUGAAGUUCUUGCACGGUCGAAAAGAUGUCCCGCAGAAUGAUUGGAUUGUCGUCGGACAUUCGAUAGGUGCUUGGCUUGCGUUAGCAGCAAUCAUCGACGGCGAGCCAAGAGCAGGGAACGGAGAACACCCGAAACCCAUGCCACCACCGAAUAGCGGCGCAAGGGAGUGCAUCAAGACUUGUGUACUAGUGGAUGGAAUCUACUCGGUUUCAAAUCUCCUGAAAGAGUACCCAGACUAUGAAGGCUUCGUAGCACAAGCUUUCCUACCACAGCCAGGUCCGAGCAACUACGACGUUGUCUCCUGCGAGACCUGGCCUCUAGCUUUGCAAGGCAAGGACUUUCACGUAUGGCACUCGCGGGAUGACGAGUUGCUGUCGUUCAAGCAGAGCAUAGAUGCUGUCCUGCAUCUCGAUCGACAGCUGUCAGGUGAUGCAUCAAGCGGUGAUGCCAGCGUGGAGAUUCCAGGAGAUGGGUUGGCAAGCACCGUUGUGGUCGACGGUGAGAAGAGGACGAUCGCCUCGGUCUAUGGAGAUGUCAGGAUCAGGAGCAGUGAUCGAUUGCAUGUGGACUUGCUUAGCUUGAGUGGUGCUCAUGAUGAUCUCUUACACACGGAGACGUUCUGGGAUCUCAUUCUUGGAAUUUGA